AUGGAUUCACUUUCCUCUCUGACUUUCCAGAUCAAACGCCAGCAGCCGGAGCUUCUAACCCCGGCAAAGCCAACACCUCAAGAGAAAAGGCUUCUCUCGGAGAUAGAUAUCCAAGAGGGUCUUAGGUUUCAGACCCCGUUCAUAUUGUCCUACAAGAAUGACAACCCUAAUUCCAUGAAACAGAAGGACCCCGUUGAGGUGAUUAGGGAUGCACUAAGUAGGGCAUUGGUAUAUUACUACCCUUUUGCAGGUCGGGUCAGGGAGGGGCGCAACGGAAAGCUGUUUGUGGACUGUAACGGAGAAGGCAUCUUGUUCAUAGAGGCUGACGCCGAUGUCUCACUUGAGCAACUCGGUGACAGUCUUCAACCCCCUUGUCCAUUCUUGGAGGACUUCCUGUUUGAUGUCCCUGGAUCCGAUGACAUUCUCGGUACUCCACUGUUGUUAGUUCAGGUAACCCGUCUAACAUGUGGAGGUUUCAUAUUUGCGUUGCGCCUAAACCACACCAUGUCUGAUGCUGUUGGUCUGGGCCAAUUCUUACACGCAGUCGGGGAGAUGGCACGAGGAGCCACUGAGCCAACUAUUCAACCAGUGUGGGAACGAGAGCUCUUGGACGCUCGAGAUCCCCCGCAGGUGACAUGUACUCAUCACGAGUAUGGCAAAGAGACUGAAUCUCACCGGGGCUCCGUUAUCGCAACCAUGGAACAACCCGAUUUGGUCCAACGCUGUGUCUAUUUCGGCCCCAAGGAACUAAUGGUUGCUAGGGCACAUCUCUCCCCAAACCUUUCCAGUACUUGCUCCACAUUCGAGUUGAUAACAGCUUGCAUGUGGAAGUGCCGCACACUUUCUCUCGAACUUGAUCCGAAUGAGGUUGUUCGUAUUUCACUAGUGGUCAAUGCUCGAGGAAAGAAAAACAAUUUGACUGUGCCUGUGGGAUUCUAUGGAAAUGCAAUAGGAUUCCCGGGUGUGGUUACAACCGCCGAGAUUUUGUGUAAGCAGCCACUGGGAUAUGCUGUGGAGUUAGUGAAGGAGGCGAAAGGAAAAAUGAACAAAGAAUACAUUCAAUCUUGCGCAGAUCUUAUGGCAAUAAGAGGAUGGCCUCCACUUACAUUGGCGGGAAACAACUUCAUACUUUCAGACAACACACGUACCGGUGUGGGAGAGGUCGAUUUUGGUUGGGGCAGGCCGGUGGUUGCUGGACCGGCCAAGUCUGUCAAUCUGAUUAGCUUCUAUGUUCGAGACAACAACCAAAAAGAGAAGCAUGGGAUUUUGGUACCGAUAUGCUUGCCAUUCUCAUGUGUGGAUAGGUUUGAGCAGGAGCUGAGGAGCCUAUUAUCGUAA